AGAGCGGCCGGAGCCAUGUCACGGCGCAGAGGCUCCGUCAGCCCCUUUUUCUGCUUCGUGCGGGACCAGCUGCCCGAGCUGCGGCGGCGGGGGCUGCCCGUGGCCCGCGUGGUGGACGCCAUCCCCCACUGCCACCAGGCGUGGGCGUCGCUGACAGAGGAAGAAAAGGCGACAUACCUGGAGAAGGCUCGUAAGUGGAAUGGAAAGAAUCGCUCUCAGAAAACUGAGAAAGAGACACAUAAUCUGGGUGAUCCAGUUCCCGCUUCUCUGACCAAAAAGAUGCCCAGUGUUACUUCUUUGCCAGAUGCCCUUGCUGUGUCUUGGAAUAAUGAUGAGGCUGUGGUUACAGACAUCUUCUACUUCCUGGACAUUUACAGCCAUGGCAAGCUGCCAUCCCAGUGUGAGCUGCGCUUCCUUCCCUGUGAGAUUGGGUGUGUCAGGUACUCCCUACAGGAUGGCAUCACGGCUGAUUUCCAUCACUUCAUAGAGCCAGAAGCACCACCACGUGGUUUUCGGUACCACUGCCAGGCUGCUGGUGCUGAAACUCAUAAGAUCCCUAUAUCUGGAUUUCAUCUUCCACGUACUUGUUACGCAGUUGUCUUGCAGGAACUCCUUGAGUUUGCCCAGCCAGCCACAGGGGUCCAGCCUCGCUUUUUCUGCAGGUCUAACGACAGGUUCCGAAUUAGCUGGUGCCUCGGUCGAAUGGCUACCGUAGCAGGCAUUGAGAGCUCUCUGCAGCUUUUUGCUGUAGAAGACCUGAUAGUAGAACUGUACCUGAAGAAAUUCCUAAAGGAGCCAUCCAAGACAUGGGUGUCUAGAAAACUAGAUGUCUGCCUGUGGGAUUUCUCCAGUAACACCAGGUGCAAGUGGCACGAGGAGAACGAUAUAAUCUGCUGUGCUUUGGCAUCCUGUAAGAAAAUCGCUUACUGCAUCAGUAGAUCUUUAGCCAAUGUGUAUGGAGUCCCACUAACAGCAGCUCACCUACCUCUGGGAGUCUCUCAUUGUGAUCAAAGCACAAGUACCAGGAUUGUGAAACUGGAUGCUGGUUGGCAGAAAACGAAAGCUGAGAGUUCUGGAUAUGACAGACCUUUCGGUGCUCCAAGUCGGGAUCGUCGGUUUAUCCCUUCUAAUCGUGAUUCUCCAUGUGGUGUGAAGACUCUCCUUGGUGUGAAAGAAGUGUCGUACAGGGAAGAGAAGUCGCUCCAUUUCUGAGAAGUUCAUCUGAUCUAUUCAAAUAUUUCAGUAUUUGAAAAUCUUUUUUACAUUCAGGACUGAUUUUCUUUGUUUCCCUAAGAAAACCAGUAGUAGAGACUGCAGUUUUUCACCUUGUGUGCAACCCUUGACAGUCCAAGUUCUUGUUAGAAUGAUAAAACUACUGAUUGGAUUUAAAGAAGAUAAAAAUCUUGUUUGUUAUCUGCAGAAAGCCUUGUUUUGGAGGGACCUGGCAGUUGCAUCUUUAAAAAUACAUGCCCUACUAUUUCUGUUUCUUAAUGAGUGGAGAGCAAAUUCAAGAUUGAUUAAUCAAUAUAAUUGGGUUGGAAGAAUUCUUUGGUGGCAAUAUGACUGUAAACAAGUGCUUUAUUUCUUCUGUAAUAACCUUGUCUUCUUCUGCAUGUGGAAGACAAAAUUUCAGUGUAUAAUAGUCUCUCUCCAAAAAAUGAUGCAGGGGGAAGCAUUGAAGGUAUGAAGGGGAAUUUAAAGGUACAGUAGUCCUGAAGGUUUCUAUAAUUGAUCUAUAUUUGAAGGUAUCUAUAAUUUCUAUAACUGAUCAAUUAUAGAAAUUUGAGUGGUCUUUCAAGGCAAGAAAGCAGACUUGAUAUGAAGUGUCUUGAAAGAAAUACUUUGGCAAAUUUAUUUUUUCUAAUUAUGUUCUUAUAGGCACAGACUAUAUUGUGUACAUCACAAACAAGGAGAACUUUUAAUUUUUUUUUUAAAUUUGCAUCAGUUUUCAUUUUAAGAAAUGCGUGUCCCUCAAAGUUACAGACUGGAGAGAAGUUCUAAGUGUUUUGGGUUUUUUUUUAUUUUUUUUAAAAAGAGUAUCAAAUUCAAACUGAUACAUUUGGCAAGUUUAGCCUGGCUGGGUAUAUACUAAUCAUAAUUAUUUGAGGGCACAUAACAAAAGUGGGAGACUGAUUAACAUUCUUCAGGGAAGUUAGUUGUUCCAUUUUAUGGAGGUACACUUCUGGGACCAGUUCCCAGAAAGUUGUCUGAGCCUUGUCCACGUGUCUUUAAGCAGUGGAUUCUCAGAAAUAUGAUCUUUUUUUUUUUUAGUUGUUUCUACGUUUUGUUCCAACAGAGGUCCAGCUUUGAAACACUAUUUCCAUGGCAACUAACUGUGUGAAGGUACUUAUUUCAUUCCUCUGUGAAGGUACUUAUUUCAUUCCUUCUAGGUACUGAAACUCAAGAUUAGGUGGUUCAUUCUGUUGAAAAGGAAAAAACCUCAACAAAACCAAUGCAAACAAAACACAAAACCCAACUAAAAUAAGAGGAUUAUUUGUGGAUAAACUCAGCCAUGCUGAUCAGUGUGUCAAAAAAGGCCAAUUGCUGUUUAAGUUGGAAAGCUGUUACAACUGCUGGAAGGCCAGUUGAGGCAUUUCUUCCAGUAUUGUAGGAUCACUGAGGCAUUUCCAUUCUCCUUACGUAACUGUUUGCCCCAUCACUGAAUUUCCAUGUAUUAUUCUGUAUUUGCUUCCUUUGAGGCUGCUGUCCUACCUGCUAAUUUUCACCAAAUAAGAGACAAUAAACCUCUAAGACUGAAAUCCACCCCUGGAGCACCUGGGAAUGUGGUACCAGGAUGAGUGUGUCUAUCCAGUAGUGCUGAAGGCUUCCCUGUGUUUGUACAGAGUUGUUGAAGUUCUGAGUUUCGUAGUUGACAGUUCAAAACAUACAACUGUAAUCUUUGAAUUAUUUUCGGAGUUCAGCGUUGCAAUAAAAGCUUCUUGUUUCAAUUCUUACAAAGAAGAGAAGCCUUCAAAAAGUAUUAUUAAAAUACUCAUUCAGAGUUAGGUGCACAAACCUGGGAACAUUUGUUGUUAUGCUUGAUGUGUUCUGUGUCAAGGCUGGGAUAAAGAAUCUGAGCAGGAGUGGAGAAAUACCGUUAGGAUUCCAUGUCAUAUCUGUACCUUAUCACCUGUGACUUAAAAUAGCACAUAAGCUGCAGAAGAUCUAAUUAUAUGCAGGAGCAGUGGGCUGUUAACUGGAGCAGUAACUCUUACUGUAAUAACCAACAACCUACAGUGGGUUUUUUUGUAGUGAAAACCACAAGAUCUAUAUAAUUAGAGUAAGUACGUUCACUUGAUAACCCAUUUAAUACUAUUAUUCUGCAUAUAUUGAGGGAGAUCCCUAACAGCCACUGAAGGAUGAUAGAAAAUUCUUUCAUUUUGGAGCUCUGCUUCCCUGGCUGCUUUGCAGUUUGAAACUCUAUUUGGUUUCUCAAAAAAUAGAUUCCGAAAAAUAAUUUCUGAAAAUAAAUUCUUGAAAAAUAAACACAGUCAGCUAAUGCUUCUCUCCAUUAAAUAAAGGAAAGUAAAGAUGAGGGAAAGAUGGUGACUUACAACUUUAGCACACCUCUUAAGUGCAAGGAAUAGGACUGGUAAGGCACAAACUGUGGGUCACAACCAGGACAAAAUUCUCCCCACUUGUAUGACAGGAUUCUCAAGGGGAAAUAAAACCAAGCAAAGGCAGAAUGGCCCUUGAGCAGAGUUUGAGUGAUGCAGCCUGGGAGCUUUAAACAUGUACUUUCCACGUGGUAAAAAGUAACAGUGAUGAUACUCUCUGCAUGUGGGGGGUGUAGGUACAACAUGUAUUGAACUGGCUGAAGAGUUGGUUUUGUAAACAAGACACCUGAUAGAUUCUGUCAGACCUGACUUUCUGUCCUGUUAGUGUAAGUGCUCAUUCCCAUGACAGGAAUGGGUAAAAAUCAUCCUGGUUUUACGUACAUGUUGGAAAGUUACUUGGUAUUUUUGUUCUUAUAAUAAUAGUAGACAAAUGGUUGAACUAUGCAUUGCUACUCUUUAAAGGCUUUGGCUGAAACAGUUGUUUGAGGGUUGUGAAAGCAAUGGGCUGUGAUGCCAACUUUGCUGAUCUAGUGUGUGGCAUCAGUGUAUUGACUUCUUAAUCACAUUCUUUUACAUUCUCUUCAGAGUAAGUAACUGAUACUGAAAAAUAAAGCAUGUUAAUACAGA